UCUUCGAAGGAAGGGGCCCAUUUGUACGUGAGGACCUCUCCUACUUGCGAGAAAGCAUUGGAGCUGUGCCUUUCUUGCUUCAAGGAAGUUCACAGUUUCUAUAAACUGAAGCGUGUCCUGGUGAUCGAAAAAAUACCAAGUAGCGACAAUAAUCCACAACACGACAACAUCCUGUCAGAAUUUCUCAUGAUGAGCCGAAUCGAAUCCCGAGCCUUGGAACGAACAAGCUCUUUUGAUACUUCGUACAAGAUGGUAAUGAAGAAGACACAGCAGUCGACUUCGUUUCGACGACUUAGUGGGACGACACGGAAGGGCGCAUCGUCUCUCAGCCUGGGUCUUAAUCUGGAUCGACUUCAGGUAGUACUUCGAUCUGUAGUGGCAAAAUACACGGACGAUGAGGACUUGGCGAGCAUGGCCAUCUCUGAAUGCGACGCGAUUACUCACCGAAGCCGGCAGGAUCGAAUACUCAGAAAUGAUGAUCUAUAUAAUAUCAUGAAUGUGCUGGAAGCAUUUUUGAGUUCUUCUUCUACACUUCCUGCUCUUGUUGUUUUUGAAGUCCAUUCAUUGAUAGGACUGCUGAGUGCUGAACAAAAGAAGUACUCAUCUGCGAUUCAAUCCUACAUGAAGGCGCUCUGGAUGGCUGCGUCCGCGGACAAUAUUCCGGAGGAAGAGCUAGCCGUCACUUUACACCGGCUAGGUAAGGCCUAUGGUGAGCUGGCCAAUCAUCUAGAAGCGAAGAAUUUGUUGGAAAAAGCCUUGAAGGUGUAUGAAAAAGUCAAUGUUCGCAAGGAUCACCCUUGCGUGGUGGACGCUAGAUCGGCAACGGCGCACUAUGCCUCUAAGUACAGGGUUUCGGAAGCGUCUUGGUGCAGUCUUCCGUUCCGACGAGCUUCCCAGAAGCUGUGUUCUGUCGACGAAGAAAGAGAAUCUCAUUUGGGACGGAGAGAAUCCCUUUAGACGCUUGGAUCGGCAAUUUACUUAGCUAUCCAUCUAGUGUGAGCUCAUCUUUGUAAAUGUGAUCCUACUUUAGCAUUUGGACCUCUGUUC